CCGCUCGCGCCGCCCGCCGCCGCUCACCCGCAGUGCCUGGACUUCCGGCCGCCCUUCCGGCCGCGGUGGCGCCUGGAGUUCUGCUCGCGCUACGGGGACUUCGGCUGCUGCGACGAGCACGCGGACGGCGCGCUGGCGGAGCGCUACUGGGACAUCAUGGAGCGGCUGGAGGCGGCGGGGCGCGCGCUGUGCGCGGACAUGCUGAAGGACGUCAUGUGCCAGGAGUGCUCUCCGUACGCCGCCCACCUGUUCGAUGCGGAGGACCCCGUCACGCCGGUCCGAGAGCUUCCCGGUCUGUGCUCCGGGUUCUGCUCCCGGUUCCACCGGGAGUGCGGCCACGUUCUGAAGUACCUGACGGAGAACCGGGCGCUGCUGGAGGCCGCGGAGCGGGACCGGACCGCGUUCUGCGCCACGAUGAGCCUGCCGGACCAGGACUACUGCUACCCCGACGUGCUCCGCGGCCCGGAGCCGAGCGGCGGCCCCGGCCGGCCGCGGGACCCCCGGGACCCCCCGGACUGCCUGCGGCUCUGCCUGACGGAGGUGGCGAACGGCCUGCGGAACCCGGUGCUGCUGCUGCACGGCGCCGACGGCACCGGCCGCCUGUUCGUGGCGGAGCAGCUGGGCUUCGUGUGGGUCUACCUGCCGGACGGCGCCCGGGUGGAGCGGCCCUUCCUGGACCUGAGCGGCGAGGUGCUGACCACGCCCUGGCCCGGCGACGAGCGCGGCCUGCUGGGCAUGGCGUUCCACCCCAGGUUCCGCCGCAACGGCCGCUUCUUCCUCUACUACUCCGUCCAGGAGGCCGGGCGGCCCGAGAAGAUCCGCAUCAGCGAAAUGAGGGUGUCGGCGUCCGACCCCAACGCCGCCGACCCGGAUUCCGAGAGGGUGGUGCUGGAGGUGGAGGAGCCGGCGGCCAACCACAACGGGGGCCAGCUGCUGUUCGGCGUGGACGGAAUGCUCUACAUCUUCACCGGAGACGGAGGCCGAGCCGGGGACCCGCUCGGCAACGCCCAGAACAAGAGCUCUCUGCUGGGGAAGGUCCUCCGGCUGGACGUGGACCGGGUCCCCGCCGGCGGGGCGAGCUACCGGAUCCCGCCGGACAACCCGUUCGUGGGAUCCGCCGGCGCCCGGCCCGAGGUCUUCGCCUACGGCGUGCGGAACAUGUGGCGCUGCUCGGUGGACCGCGGCGACCCGCGGACCGGGCACGGCCGCGGACGCAUCUUCUGCGGCGACGUCGGGCAGAACCGCUACGAGGAGAUCGACAUCGUGGAGCGGGGGGGAAACUACGGCUGGAGGGCCAAGGAGGGACACGAGUGCUACGACCCGGACCUCUGCCUCAACCCCGACCUCAACGACGUCCCCCCCAUCUUCGCCUACAGUCACCACGUUGGGAAGUCGGUGACGGGAGGAUUCGUGUAUCGAGGCUGUGAGUCGCCCAACCUGAAUGGACUCUACAUCUUUGGAGACUUCAUGAGCGGGAGGAUCAUGGCCCUGGAGGAGAACCAGACCUCAGGAACCUGGACCCAGCGCAGCGUCUGCAUGGGGGACUCCAGAACCUGCUCCUUCCCCGGACUCAUCAACCAGCACCACCGCCACAUCCUGGCCUUCGCCGAGGACCAGCAGGGAGAACUGUACUUCCUGGCCACAUCGUAUCCCAGCAGCUCGUCUCCUUCAGGAACCGUCUUCAAGUUCAUGGAUCCGUCCAGGCGGGCUCCUCCGGGUCACUGCCAGCAGAACCUGCUUCCCGUCCCGGUCCUGGGGAGAACGGUUCCGUUUGUGCCCAGAGAGGUGACGGUGUUGGACGCCAGAGAAAAACCCACCAGACCGCCGCCGAGAACAUUCAGACUCCGCUCCGGGCCGCCGGCGGAACCGGGGGUGGAACCGACAGUGGAAUCGGCGGCGGAACCAACAGAGGAACCAGCAGCGGAACCAGCGGCGGAACCAGCGGCGGAACCAACAGUGGAACCAGCGGCGGAACCAACAGAGGAACCAGCGGCGGAACCAACAGAGGAACCAAUGGCAGAACCAACAGUGGAACCAGCAGCGGAACCAGCGGCGGAACCAGCGGCGGAACCAGCGGCGGAACCAACAGUGGAACCAGCAGCGGAACUAGCGGCGGAACCAACAGUGGAACCAGCGGCGGAACCAACAGCGGAACCAGCGGCGGAACUGGCGGUGGAACCGAUGGUACAACUGACAGCGGAACCAGCGGUGGAACCGACAGUAGAACCGACAGCUGCCGACCGGAACCGCAGCACGACGCCACAGAACCAUAGGAGAACGUCUGAACCGGAGCCCCAGAAGAAGAAGAAGAACCCGCUGAACAAGAAGAACCCGCUGAGCAGGAAACCGGCCAGAGAACCCGGCGGCGCUGGAGAGGAACCCAAGACCAAGAACCGCAAGGUGGCAAAGAAUUCCCACUCGAGAACGUCCAACAAGAACCCGGCAAGGAGGAAGAACCCAGAACCUGCCAGCAGAACCUGGACGAUCCUCACUGGAACAAAGAAAGCAAAGUCAACCUGUCAGCUGGAGAACCCGCAGAACCUGAGAGAACCCGCAGAACCUCAGAGAACCCGCAGAACCUCAGCUAGAGAACCCGCAGAACCUCAGCUAGAGAACCCGCAGAACCUCAGCUAGAGAACCCGCAGAACCUCAGAGAACCCGCAGAACCUCAGCUAGAGAACCCGCAGAACCUCAGAGAACCCGCAGAACCUGAGAGAACCCGCAGAACCUCAGCUAGAGAACCCGCAGAACCUCAGCUAGAGAACCCGCAGAACCUGAGAGAACCCGCACAACCUCAGCUAGAGAACCCGCAGAACCUCAGCUAGAGAACCCGCAGAACCUCAGAAAACCCGCACAACCUCAGCUAGAGAACCCGCAGAACCUCAGCUAGAGAACCCGCAGAACCUCAGAGAACCCGCACAACCUCAGCUAGAGAACCCGCAGAACCUGAGAGAACCCGCACAACCUCAGCUAGAGAACCCGCAGAACCUCAGCUAGAGAACCCGCAGAACCUCAGAAAACCCGCACAA